CGUCGCAUUGUACUGGAGCAGCACCCUGUUGUGGUGUGUGUGUUGUAGCUAUUUCUAGAGGCGGCCACAUCGUCGGCCAGGUCAGUCUCCCGCGGGCAGCAGCAUGGAGAGGAUCACUCCUUCCGCCUUCUUCUUCUUCUUCUUCUUCCUCCUGCUGAGCUCGCUAGAAACAACACGAUUACCCCGAGUGAGUUUCAGGCAGGUGUUUUAGUGUCGCCCCGUUAGUUCACCAAUUUUACGAAACUCGAAAGAAGACGAUUUGAUUACCAACUGAAAAACAAUGAGCCAAUUGUAAUUGUCAGAUAUAUCGAAAUCAUUCAAGUGUGUGUGAACCGAACGUUGAGUUACAUUUGGCAAAGGGGAAUAAAAACCAAGUGCGGGAAAAUCAAGAAAUUCAAACUGAAAACAGAAAGACGAAAUGAGUUCUGCUGCCAACACUUUUUUGCGUUUGAACUCGACGGUGAGCCAGCCGGGCAGUCCGACGAGCCUCAAAGGUGCCGAGAGAGUGUCGAUGGUCGGAAGUGUCGUCGGUGGCGGAGGCGGAGGAGCGACGAGCGUCGGCAUCGGGGCCCAGUCGGUCACCGGCACCGCCAAAGGCCGAGCCGGCAGGUGCGGAUCGGCUUGCUGGCGCUACCUGAGCUCAAAUCCGCGAUUACGCAAGGGAUUAGCUCACGCCGGACUCGUUCUUCUCUUGUGCCUCUACACAGCCGCCGGUGCAUCGGUUUUCCAAUGGUUGGAGCAGCCUCACGAGCUGGAACAAUCGACUAUUCUGCAAAAUCGUGUUGUGGAACAGCGACAAGAGAUGAUCAAAUUAUGGAAAGAUGCUCACGAUCGUCCGGAUUUCGACCAGAACUUGCUCGAAGAGCGGAUGGCCGUGUACGAGGAUGUCCUUCAGGAAGCCGUUUCCAAUCGGGUGCCGUUGCAGGCCGGAGUGGCUUCUGCUCAUUGGACGUACACCCAGUCUGUGUUCUUUGCCUCGACCGUCCUCACUACGAUCGGUUACGGGAAUAUUGCUCCGCAAACGACAAACGGUCGGAUAUUUUGCAUUUUCUUCGCUCUGAUCGGCAUUCCGUUUACGCUGACGGUGAUCGCCGAUUUGGGCAUGCUGAUGGCCUCAGCCGUGGCCGCCGUCUACCACAAUGUCAAUCAACGAUCCAGCUGGACCAAAUCGCAAGCCGCUCAGACGUUCGGCCGUAAAUUCGGCAAAUCCUUGUCGGUCGUCCUGGUCGUCGCUCUCCUCAUCGUCUACAUCGCCAUCGGAGGCGGAAUCUUUAUGAUCUGGGAAGACUGGAAUUUUCUAGAGUCCUUUUACUUCUGCUUCAUCACGAUGACAACCAUAGGCUUUGGCGAUUUGGUUCCAGGCUUGGGCUUUCAUGGCGCCUCUCAUCAGCUGGCCACUCCUUCGCCAGUCCUCCGUCACGCUCAAACUACCUACAUGUUGGUAUCCAUCGCCUACAUCCUGGUUGGCUUGGCAUUGACGACAAGUAUAAUUGAAUUAAUCCGGCGGCAGUAUGCUCAGAGUUGGAAAAAAAUGCAGGAGCUCACCAAUCGACUUCAAGGAUUAACGGGUCCAUUAGCGGAAACACUGCGUCGCAUCAGCGAACAAGCGGGCAAGAUGAACUCGGACGGCAAACUUGAUCCAGCUCUGCUCAAGGAAUUGGCUGAUUUGAAAUUUGCUCUUAAUGCCGUCAACGCGGAAAUGAGGCGACCUUCGGUCAGCAACUUGUUGCAACAGCCCAUCACAGAAGAGCCAGAUCUAUUUGGAAGCAGCACUGCGCUGGAUGAUUUCAGCUCGAGCGGAAGCAACAGCAGCAACGCAUGGCCCAUGGAAUGGGACGAAUGCUGGGAGGAACGCUGGGCAGCCAUCGAGGAAAUGAUGAUCAGCAACAAGGCCUUCAAAGACAGAGUCAUGCGCAUUUUGAGUCAGACUUCCAUCAAAGUCUAAUAGAAAUCAAGCAAUUAUAAGAUGGCAGACGCGAUUGAUUGUCCUCGAAUUUAUAUCUCUUGGUCACACCUGCACUUCAUCACCUCCAUUCAAUUCUCUAGAUAUAAAUGAGAUGUGUAGAAUUAUUUUGUUUUGUUUCACCGAAUUUUGAUUCUUCUCUUAUUAUUAUCAAUUCACCGUCAUCGAAAUCUCUGUGGUCUCCUUAGGUCAUUUGUCCGAAUUCGCUACUAUUAUCAUCGUAUAUAUUAUAUUGUCUCUACCGCAUAGUUUAAAAGAGAAAUAAACAGCGAAAUAUUUGCUGAUGCAACACAUCGUGAUGGCCUUAACAUAUAAGGUGUAAUCGAUUGGAAUUUGGUAUUCUGACUUGUACACGUGUUAUCCGAUGAUGAUUCCCUAGUCCUGAUUCCGAUUGCGACCUCAUCACAAAAUCGCUAAUCUGCAACAACGUACCGCGUUUUUCACUGCACAACUUCUGCAAUUUCAAUUUGUUCGGUCAUUCACUAUACAACAAUCUGACUUUUCUUUUUUGACUCUUCCAUUGUUGUUGCACUAUUUGCGAUUGCCGGUCUGUCUGUAUCCGUGUCUGCAAGCGAAUUUGUGUGCGUGUCGUGCUAAACUGUGUACGUAUCUCUAUUGCAAAGAGACUGUAUGACUAUAGGUAUACAAAAUGAAUCAUGCGAUUGUCGAUCGCAACUGGUUAACA